AUGAGUCAGGAAGAGAUUAAUCAGCUCCAAAGUGAAGAAGAUUUGUCAGAUUCAUAUUCUACGGAGACGGAAUCAAUGGAUUCAGAUGAGGACUUUGACGAAGAUAUUCUUGAAUUGCUGGAAGAAAAAAUUCAAUGGCAAAAUAAAAUGUCAAGUGAAAUAAAUCAGCUGCUUUCAAUGAAGGAACGACUUCUUCGAAACAUCAACUUGAUCAAUGAGCUUUGCAAUGAUUUAAUGACUGAUUUUGAUUAA